AUGUGGGAUACUUUCAUCGAGGCCUGUGGCAUCCAUUAUAUCCCACACGAUUUCCUUCCUGUUGGUGAGCAGUUGCUUGCCUUCCGUGGCCGCUGCCCCUUUCGCAUGUACAUCCCAAAUAAACCAGCGAAGUACGGUAUCAAGAUCGUCAUAGUAAAUGAUGUCAAGAACAAGUACAUGCUGUCAGGGAUCCCCUAUCUUGGAAAGCAAGAGACAUGGGCAACAGACAUGCAAAACCUUGGCUACUCCUUCACCAAGGACCUGACACAGCUCUACCACAACCAACAGGAAUGUAACAAACGACAAUUGGUUUACCUCUGUGCACCUCAUCCAGAAUAUGCUGCACAAUUGUGGAAUGACGCGGAUUGUGUCAGUCAGUGGAAACAAGUCAGAGAUACCAGAAGAGAUGAAGGACAAGACCACACGGGCUCCAGGUUCCAGUGCCUUUCUGUUCACAAUGGACAUGAAACUUGUGUCGUAUGUGCUCAACACCCCUUCCAGCAAGAAAAUUGUCCCCCUCAUGUCUUCAAUGCAUGGAAAUAA